UGGCGGCCGCUACGGUGCUGACAAGAUGGCGGCUGGCGGGGCUGUUGCUGCGGCGCCCGAGUGCCGGCUUCUGCCCUACGCGCUGCAUAAGUGGAGCUCCUUCUCCUCCACCUACCUUCCCGAGAACAUUUUAGUGGAUAAACCAAAUGAUCAAUCUUCCAGAUGGUCUUCAGAGAGCAACUACCCUCCCCAGUACUUGAUUCUGAAGCUUGAAAGGCCUGCAAUCGUUCAGAAUAUUACAUUUGGAAAAUAUGAGAAAACUCAUGUCUGCAAUUUGAAGAAAUUCAAAGUUUUUGGUGGAAUGAAUGAAGAAAAUAUGACAGAGCUAUUGUCCAGUGGCCUGAAGAAUGAUUAUAACAAAGAGACAUUUACCUUGAAACAUAAAAUUGAUGAACAGAUGUUCCCUUGUCGAUUCAUUAAAAUUGUUCCACUUUUGUCCUGGGGGCCCAGCUUUAACUUUAGCAUCUGGUAUGUUGAACUUAGUGGCAUUGAUGAUCCUGAUAUCGUGCAGCCCUGUUUGAACUGGUACAGCAAGUACCGCGAACAGGAAGCCAUUCGUCUUUGCCUAAAACACUUCAGACAACACAACUAUACAGAGGCUUUUGAAUCCCUGCAGAAGAAAACCAAGAUUGCAUUGGAGCACCCAAUGUUGACAGAUAUGCAUGACAAAUUGGUGUUAAAGGGUGACUUUGAUGCUUGCGAGGAGUUGAUUGAAAAAGCUGUAAAUGAUGGCUUGUUCAAUCAGUAUAUCAGUCAACAGGAGUAUAAGCCACGAGAAAUCAGACUGGCUGGAGGAGAGAAGAGGGCAUGGCUCAGUGAAAAUGAAAUGCAAGAUCUAAAGGAAAAUAUAUUUUCUUCUCCAGGCGAUGGAGAAGAUAACAGACCAGGAAUGAGAGGGGGCCAUCAAAUGGUCAUUGACGUCCAGACAGAAACUGUUUAUUUGUUUGGUGGCUGGGAUGGAACACAAGAUCUUGCUGACUUCUGGGCAUACAGUGUGAAGGAGAACCAGUGGACAUGUAUUUCUAGAGACACUGAGAAAGAGAAUGGUCCAAGUGCCAGAUCGUGUCAUAAAAUGUGCAUUGACAUUCAGCGGAGACAAAUCUAUACAUUGGGCCGUUACUUGGAUUCCUCUGUGAGGAACAGCAAGUCUCUGAAAAGUGAUUUCUACCGUUACGACAUUGACACUAAUACCUGGAUGUUACUAAGUGAAGAUACUGCUGCCGACGGUGGACCAAAAUUGGUGUUUGAUCAUCAGAUGUGUAUGGACUCAGAAAAACAUAUGAUCUACACGUUUGGUGGCAGGAUUUUGACGUGCAAUGGCAGUGUAGAUGACAGCAGAGCCAGUGAGCCACAAUUCAGUGGGUUGUUUGCGUUCAACUGCCAGUGUCAAACCUGGAAACUUCUUCGAGAGGACUCCUGUAAUGCUGGCCCUGAGGACAUCCAGUCUCGGAUUGGACACUGCAUGCUGUUCCACUCAAAAAACCGUUGCUUAUAUGUGUUUGGUGGCCAGAGAUCUAAGACCUAUUUGAAUGAUUUCUUUAGUUAUGAUGUGGACUCUGAUCAUGUAGACAUAAUUUCAGAUGGCACCAAGAAAGACUCUGGAAUGGUUCCAAUGACCGGAUUCACACAGAGAGCAACUAUUGAUCCAGAACUGAAUGAAAUACAUGUCUUAUCCGGACUUAGCAAAGACAAAGAAAAGAGGGAAGAGAAUGUCAGAAAUUCAUUCUGGAUUUAUGACAUUGUGAGGAAUAGCUGGUCUUGUGUCUAUAAGAAUGAUCAAGCUACAAAAGAUAAUCUGAGUAAAAGUCUUCAGGAGGAAGAGCCAUGUCCAAGGUUUGCCCAUCAACUCGUUUAUGACGAGUUACACAAGGUUCAUUAUUUAUUUGGUGGAAAUCCAGGAAAAUCUUGCUCCCCAAAGAUGAGACUAGAUGACUUCUGGUCACUGAAGUUGUGCAGACCUUCAAAAGACUACUUACUGAGGCAUUGCAAGUACCUCAUAAGAAAACACAGGUUUGAAGAAAAGGCCCAAAUGGAUCCCCUUAGUGCUCUGAAGUAUUUACAGAAUGAUCUUUAUAUAACUGUGGAUCAUUCGGACCCGGAAGAGACAAAAGAGUUUCAACUCCUAGCCUCAGCUCUGUUCAAAUCUGGCUCAGAUUUCACAGCUCUAGGCUUUUCAGACGUGGAUCAUACUUAUGCUCAAAGAACUCAGCUCUUUGACACCUUAGUAAAUUUCUUUCCUGACAGCAUGACUCCUCCUAAAGGCAACCUGGUAGACCUCAUCACACUGUAAACUGGGGAGUCGAAUGAGGAGUUACUGGGCUCAGACGUGGAGAAGGAACUGGAGCCGGCUGUUCUGUGGGCAGAGGUGACGUUGCAGUGACUGAGGACUGUACCAGAGUUUUGAAGGAUCCUUACUAUCACAAGUUUUAACCCUCCUCCUUCAUACCUGACCUCAAUCCCCUUCUCUUUCUGCAUUAGGCUAAUAAAGUGAAAUUGAUAUACUUCCCAUUUAA